CAACGGUGGUGAAUCUCGCAAACACGUCACUGGACCCACCCUCUCAGAUCAAACCUACCACUCUUUUCACUUUCCACUUUCCGACUCAACUCACUCAGAUCCCAUUCUCCGAUCAAACUCCCACCGGCGACCAUGCUUCCGCCGGAGCUCCAAUCUCGCUCCUACCGUCCGUACAUCUCUCCGUCCAUGAGCGCCCCCACCUUCCCCACCACCUUCAACAACGGCUACAGUACCGAACCAAACCCUAACCCUAGCUCCACUAAUAGCAGCAGUAAUAAUAAUAAUAACAACCGCAGAUCGCUAAAAAACUCUCGGUUCUCUCCGUCAUCGUUCGUUCACAACGCUAGGAUCGCCAUCGCACUGGUGCCAUGCGCUGCGUUUCUCCUCGAUCUCGGCGGCACUCCAGUUGUAACCGUCUUGACGUUAGGGCUUAUGAUCGCUUACAUUCUCGACUCGUUGAACUUCAAGUCCGGUUCGUUUUUCGCGGUGUGGUUUUCGCUAAUUUCUGCACAGAUUGCGUUCUUCUUUAGUUCGUCUCUGUUUGUGACGUUUAAUUCGGUGAUUUUAGGUUUACUUGCUUGUUUUGUAUGUGCUUUGGCUAAUUUUUUGAUCGGUGUUUGGGCGUCUCUUCAGUUUAAGUGGAUUCAGAUUGAGUAUCCGACUAUUGUUCUUGCUCUUGAACGGAUUUUGUUUGCGUGUAUUCCGUUUAUCGGUUCGGUGCUGUUUAGUUGGGCGACUGUUUCUGCUGUUGGUAUGGUGAAUGCUGCUUAUUAUCAUAUGGUGUUUAAUUGUGUUUUCUAUUGGUUGUAUUCUAUACCGAGGGUUUCGUCGUUUAAGUUGAAGCAGGAAGUUAGUUAUCACGGUGGAGAGGUGCCCGAUGAUAAUUUGAUUCUUGGUCAGUUGGAGAGUUGUUUGCACACGUUGAACUUGUUGUUCUUUCCGUUGAUGUUUCACGUUGCGUCUCAUUAUUCGAUUGUGUUUUCUUCUGCGUCUGCCGUUUGUGACUUGUUUUUGCUUUUUUUCAUUCCGUUUUUCUUUCAAUUGUAUGCGUCUACCAGAGGGGCUUUGUGGUGGGUUACUAAGAUUGAGCAUCAGUUGCGGAGUAUUAGAAUAGUGAACGGUGCUGUUGCUUUGGUCGUUGUUGUUAUUUGCUUGGAGGUUAGGGUUGUGUUCCAUUCGUUUGCUCGGUACAUUCAGGUUCCUUGGCCGUUGAAUUAUGUUCUGGUCACUGUUACGAUGCUGGGAGGGGCUGCGGGUGCUGGUGCGUAUGAAAUGGGCAUGAUUGCUGAUGCUUCUAGUUCGUUGGCUUUCACUGGUUUGGCGGUUUUUGUGAGUGCUGCUGGAGCAGUCGUUGUGGGAUUUCCUGUGUUGUUCAUACCACUCCCUGCAGUAGCCGGAUUCUAUCUAGCUCGUUUUUUCACAAAGAAAAACCUGUCGUCGUAUUUUGCAUUCGUUGUGCUUGGGAGCUUAAUGGUGACAUGGUUUGUAUAUCACAAUUUCUGGGAUCUCAACAUAUGGCUAGCAGGCAUGUCAUUAAGAUCCUUCUGUAAGCUUAUCGUUGCUGAUGUCAUCUUAGCAAUGGCCGUUCCUGGUCUAGCUCUUCUUCCGCAAAAGCUUCAUUACUUGACAGAAGUUGGUUUAAUCGGUCACGCCUUACUUCUGUGCUACAUCGAGAACCGUUUUUAUACGUACUCUGGCAUUUAUUACUAUAGCUUUGAUGACGAGGUCAUGUACCCUAGCUACAUGGUUAUUCUAACGACUUUUGUGGGAUUGGCUCUUGUGAGAAGACUUUCGGUUGACCACCGUGUUGGACCAAAAGCUGUUUGGGUGCUAACUUGCUUGUAUUCAUCGAAGCUGUCGUUGUUGUUUAUGACAUCAAAAGCUGGUUUAUGGGCAUCAGCCAUUCUUUUAUUGGCCGUUUCUCCUCCGUUGCUUUUGUACAAGGAUCGUUCAAGAACAGCAUCAAAGAUGAAACCGUGGCAAGGAUAUUCACAUGCUGCGGUUUUCGCUUUGUCGGUCUGGUUUUGCCGUGAGACAAUCUUUGAAGCGUUGCAGUGGUGGAACGGAAGAUCGCCAUCUGGAGGGUUACUUUUGGGAUUUUGUAUACUUUUGACAGGAUUGGCUUGCGUUCCCAUUGUUGCUCUACACUUUUCUCACGUCAUGUCUGCUAAGAGAGGUUUGGUACUAGUUAUAGCAACGGGUCUCCUUUUUAUAGUCAUGCAACCACCACUACCAUCUUCAUGGACAUACCAUUCUGAAUUAAUCAAAGCCGCUCGUCAAUCAUCUGACGACAUCUCAAUAUACGGUUUCAUUACAUCAAAGCCUACAUGGCCAUCAUGGCUGCUGAUCUCAGCAAUUCUCCUCUCACUUUCAGCAUUCACCUCCGUUAUUCCCAUCAAAUACAUAGUCGAGUUAAGAAUGAUCUUCUCAAUCGCAAUGGGAAUCGCGCUUGGUGUUUAUAUAUCCGCUGAAUAUUUCCUUCAAGCAACGGUUUUACACAUUCUUAUAAUCACAACCAUGGUUUGCACCUCUGUGUUUGUGGUCUUCACACAUCUUCCGUCAGCUUCGAGCACUAAGGUCCUACCAUGGGUGUUUGCGUUACUAGUGGCGUUAUUCCCGGUUACGUAUUUGUUAGAGGGUCAAGUCAGGGUUCAAACUAUUUUAGCGGAAAGUGGGAUCGAUACGAUGAGUGAGGAAGAUAGUAAGUUGACCGCUUUGCUGGCUGUUGAGGGUGCACGAACUUCUCUUUUAGGGUUGUACGCUGCUAUCUUUAUGCUUAUUGCACUCGAGAUUAAGUUUGAGUUGGCAUCGCUCAUGCGGGAAAAAGUCAACGAGAGGGGCGGUGGUCUUAAACACAGUCAAUCCGGUCAAAGUAGCAACUCGCUUGCUACUUUCCCGCCUAAAAUGAGAUUCAUGCAGCAACGUCGGGUGUCUACCGUACCCGCUUUUACAAUCAAACGAAUGGCCGCUGAGGGCGCAUGGAUGCCAGCUGUCGGAAACGUGGCAACCGUCAUGUGCUUUGCCAUCUGUCUUAUAUUAAAUGUAAAUCUAACCGGUGGAUCAAACCGUGCGAUAUUCUUCUUGGCGCCUAUACUCUUGCUGCUUAAUCAAGAUUCGGAUUUUGUAGCAGGAUUUGGGGACAAACAGAGGUAUUUCCCGGUUACGGUUGUAAUAUCUGGUUAUAUGGUUAUAACUUCGUUUUACAGCAUAUGGGAAGAGAUAUGGCAAGGAAAUGUUGGUUGGGGAAUGCAAAUUGGCGGGGCCGAUUGGUUUUUUGCGGUUAAAAAUUUGGCGCUACUGAUUUUGACGUUCCCAAGUCAUAUUAUGUUUAAUCAGUUUGUGUGGAGCUACAGAAAGAGAAACGACUCGAUGCCGUUGCUUACGAUACCUCUUAACUUAGCUUCGUCGAUAAUCACGGAUGUUGUGAAGAUAAGGAUAUUGGGGCUGCUAGGGAUUAUAUAUUCCUUGACCCAGUAUUUAAUAUCCAGACAACAAUAUAUGUCAGGAUUGAAGUAUAUUUAGGGUUUAGAGAAAAGAAACACAAAUGUAGAGAAACAUUUGUACAAUUAAUGUUUUUUGAUAAUUUCGGAUUCAGGCCAGUAAAGUAAUGUUUUGUCACAUGUAGUACAUUUCAAUUUGCAGAGCGUUAAAAAAGAA